AGAGGAGAGAGGCAGCGAAGGGAGCAAGUCAUCCACAGCAUCUCACCACCACUUGCUCUCUGGAACCGCUUCAGAUGGGCUCUUUUUAUUUGGAUUAUUUCCCUUCCUCCGCCGUUUUAAGGCUCGUUCUUCUUUGCAAGUGACAUACGUGUUGAUUUGCCGUUUUGACUUUUGAGUCUUACUUUCUGGUGCGCAAACUUGGACCGAAGGGGAUGCACGCAGCUCCCAUUGAAUGAGGAUGGAACAUGGCACAUCGGGAAGCAAUCCCCAAUGGAAUGAGGUCGCUCAUUUCCCGGGGUAAUCGUUAACUAGUUGAAACCAAACCGCUGAAAAAAAAAAUCCAUCUCUCUAAGACGACUGUCGGGGGACCAGGGAGGUUGCAGUCCUCUGAAUUUUAAUGCCGGAAAGUUCUAAACGGAUUGAGUGGCUGCUGAAGUUAUUUUGAGGAGGUCUUCUGGGUUGGUGGAUGUACUGGAGCAGCUUUUUGGACGGAUCCAAGUCUCUGGCUCAGGCAGAUCUUCUGAUGACCCCAUGGAACGCAAUUUACUCGUGAUGCUGUUUUGGCUUCUGCUUCUGCUCUGUGGCUCUGCUGUCGGCAGCAUCCUGUACAGGGUUCAGGAGGAGCAGCCUCCUAACUCUCUUAUUGGUAGUCUGGCAGCAGACCAGGGGCUGCCAGACUCGGGUCAUCUGUACAAGCUGGAGGUGGGUGCCCCUUAUCUACGCGUUGAUGGAAAGACUGGAGAUAUUUUCACCACUGAGAUUCCCAUCGACAGAGAGACACUGAGAGACUGCCGGUUGCUUGUUAAGGGUAAGCCCUGCUACCUGGAAUUUGAAGUAUCGGUGACAGAUUUGAUACAGAAUCAGAGCCCCAGACUCAUUGAAGGACGCAUUGAGGUCCAGGACAUCAAUGACAACACCCCCCAGUUCCCUUCGUCUGUGCUCACCAUCUCCGUACCCGAGAACACGAUAAUGGGGGCACUGUUCUCCAUACCGCUCGCCACUGACAGGGACUCAGACAGGAAUGGGGUGAGUGACUACGCCCUGACUGCCGGACCAGAUGCAGCAACGUUAUUUGGUUUACAAGUGGCUGACGACAGGGGUGGCAAGCUCCCGCAGCUUAUCGUUCUGGGCAACUUAGAUCGCGAGUUAAAGGAUUCCUAUGACCUCACCAUCAAAGCAGUGGAUGGCGGCAACCCACAACGCUACAGCAGCGCUUUGCUGCGAGUGGUCGUCACUGAUACCAACGACAAUGCCCCCAAGUUUGAAAAAGCCACCUAUGAAGCUGAAGUGUUGGAGAAUAGUCCAGUGGGGCACUCCGUGUUACAGGUCAAAGCAAAUGACUCUGACAUGGGCCCCAAUGGAGAAAUUGAGUACACACUCCAUCAAGCAGGAGAACCGGUGCCGAAACUCUUACGAAUCGAUCGAUCCACCGGCAUCAUCUAUGUCAAAGGGUCACUAGAUCGAGAGGAAAUUGACAGCUUGUCCUUCUACGUGGUGGCGAGGGAUAAGGGUCCGCAACCCAAGAGCUCUAAGACGUUUGUGACCAUUGAGGUGACCGACCAGAAUGACAACGCUCCAGCUGUGGAGAUACGCGGGAUUGGGCUUGUGACCCACAGCGAGGGAGUGGCUAACAUUUCAGAAGACAUGCCAGUUGGAACGGCGGUUGCCUUGGUGCAAGUGUCCGACAAGGAUAUGGGAGAGAAUGCCGUGGUCACAUGUGUGGUGGCGGGCGAUGUGCCUUUCCAGCUUCGCCCUAUCAGCGACUCAUCCAGCGACAACAAGAGGAAGUACUUCCUACAAACCACCACUCCUCUCGACUACGAAAGGGUGAAGGAUUAUCGGGUGGAGAUUGUGGCCGUAGAUUCAGGAAAUCCAGCACUCUCGAGCACCAACUCAUUGAAAGUGCAGGUCACUGAUGUGAAUGAUAACUCUCCGGUGUUCUCCCCAACCUUGUUUGAGGUCGAGUUCGCGGAGGAAAACCUACCAGGAGAAAAGGUUUUGGAUGUCAUAGCCUCAGAUGCAGACAGCAGCACAAAUGCUGAACUCUUGUACAACAUCGUGGCAGACACAUCCAUCAAGGGUCUAUUUGAGAUUGAUCCAAAUACCGGAGCAGUCAAAGCCCGUAACCCACUGGAUCGUGAACACAAAGAACAUUAUGAGUUCCGGGUCACUGCAUCUGACAAAGGCUCACCUGUGCAUAAAGGAACAGCAAGCGUUAUGAUAAGAGUCCUCGACCGCAACGACAACGAUCCAAAAUUCAUGCUUAGCGGCUAUAGCUUCUCGGUUUUAGAAAACAUGCCUCCCCUCAGCCCAGUUGGCAUGGUAACUGUCAUGGAUGUAGAUAAAGGUGAGAAUGCCCGUGUUCAGCUCUCUGUAGAGCCCGAUGGAGGGAAAUUUGUUGUUCAAAAUGGAACUGGCACCAUUCUAUCGAGCAUUUCAUUUGACAGAGAGAAAGAAAGCAGCUACACUUUCCGUCUCAAAGCAGUGGAUGGAGGUCAGCCACCUCGGUCCUCUUAUGUGGGUGUUACCAUCAACGUGCUGGAUGAAAAUGACAAUGACCCGGUGGUCACAAAGCCCUCCAAUACCUCCUUCACUCGCUUGUCACCUUUAGCUUCCCCAGACAGCCAUGUGGAGAUAGUGGAAGCUGAAGAUCUGGACAGUGGGCCCAAUGCAGAUCUGAUCUUCAGCAUUGCAGGUGGAAACCCUUACCAGUUGUUUCGCAUCUCCCCCUCCAGCGGGGAGAUUACCCUGGCAAAGGAGAUGACUCCCAAAUAUGGCGGACUACAUCGCCUGGUGGUAAAAGUGAGUGACAGGGGGAAGCCUGCACGUCAUGCCACAGCCUUGGUCCAUAUCUAUGUCAAUGAAACCAUUACAAAUGUCAGCUUAGUGGAGGCACUGGUGGGACACAGUAUUUACACUCCACUAGACAGGGAUAUUGCAGGUGAUCCUGAUAGUGGUUUUGCCGCACAACGCAGCAACAUUUUGUUUGGAAGUCUUGCUGGUGUGGCAGGUGUUGUUAUGCUCAUCUUGGUGGUGGUUUUCAUCCGACACCGCAUCCAGAGGGAGACAAAGAGUGGAUAUCAAGCGGGCAAGAAGGAAACAAAAGACUUAUACGCACCCAAACAGGCACCAAAAAAUGCCAAAGGUAAAAGAGGCAGGAAAGGAAAGCCUCAGAAAUCUCCAAAACCACUUGGGGAAGAAGAGGAGGUCAGCCUCCAAAAAAGUCUCAAGUUCAACCUUGAUGCAGUCAACGAUAGCCCGAGGAUACAUCUACCGCUAACGUACUCACCAGAAAGCCCCGAUAUAGGCCGGCACUACCGCUCCAACUCCCCCUUGCCCUCCAUUCAGCUGCAGGCCCAGUCUCCAUCAGGCUCACAGAAGCAUCAGGCGGUCCAGGACCUUCCGGCUACCAACACCUUUGUAGGAACGGGAGGAGAUGACAACUCCACCGGGUCAGACCAGUACUCUGAUUACAGCUACAAGAACAGUCAACCCAAAUACAACAAGCAGCACCCCCAUCGGCGAGUGACCUUCUCCACCACCAACCCCGUGCAGGACCUGCAGGAUGCCUCCCAGCACAGUUACUAUGACAGCGGCUUGGAAGAAUCGGAGACACCCAGCAGCAAGUCGUCGUCUGGCCCUCGUAUCGGACCCUUGACCCUGCCCGAGGACCACUAUGAGCGAACCACUCCAGAUGGCAGCAUUGGAGAGAACGAACACCCUGAAAACGACAUUCGCUCGCUGCCCGAUGUGGCAAUGACCGGAAACUGUACGACUGAGUGCAGCGAAUUGGGCCACUCAGACGCCUGCUGGAUGCCCGGGCAUCCCUCUCCCGUACGCAGGACGACGAGGAACCCCCCGAAACUCUCCACCUUUGUGCCUUACCAGGAAAGAGGGAGUCUGGGACGCCUGGCGAACGGGAGCGCCAUUCUGGGUGGCGAAGAGCACCGAUCACGCCUUCCGCCCUCUCGCAGUGCCUACGCCAGCAGCGGUCAGGAUGCCAGUCAGGACUGCCCUUUGGAGGAGAUGUCCCUCAGCGUAACGUCUGAGUUCCCGCCCACCUCCCCGUCCGCCCACACUCCCAAACGAGAAAUCUAUCUGUGAAUAUCAACCUUGAAUCCGUGCAGAGAUGAAGACAAGAAGAAAACAGGCUACCUGCCCAGGUGUAACAGAAGACUGUGAUUCAUCCAAUUGCUGGCAUGAUCACUUGGGUCAUUUGCCAUCUCCACCUAUGAGCGUAUUUGUUACAAAUUUACAACAUUUAAUUGACACACGCAUUCAUUUAUUUAUACACAAUCUUGCAGGAUGCGUCAUUACUACAAAAGUGGUAACUGAUUAUUGUUGUAGUUAGCCAACCUGCUACGGUGACCGUGAAGGAGAAGUACAAACAUGUCAAGAAAAAGCACAACAAAUUACAAUUACUUCACCUGGAAGGGGAACGUGAUUCAUGUACCGCAUGAAUCAGACAGGAAGUUGUGGCGGUUGUUAAUGGAGGACAGUCACAUCAUGCUUUGAGCGUUUUGCCCGUUUUGUCACACUCAAAUACUCAAAACUGAGUACCAAUGACAACACUGAUAUAUUGGCUAACAUUUACAUGAGGAAAUAGAGUCUUCAGUUGUGUUCUUCCCGAAACUGACCAUAACUUUAACCCUAGCCCUAAUCCUACCUUAACCCUAGCCCUAACUUUAGCCCUAACCUUAACCCUAACUGUAACCCUAGCCUUAACCCUAACCUUAGCCCUAGCCCUAACUUUAGCACUAACCUUAACUCUAACUGUAACCCUAGCCUUAACCUUAACUUUAACCCUAACUUUAACCCUGAUGCUAACUUUAACCCUAACCCUAACUCAUGCAAUCCAGAAAAUGAUAUGUUAAUAUCACAAAAAAGUGGGCUAAUAAAUUGACAAUAAAAGCACAAAUACUGCGGAUUUCAGAAAAUAACAGAUGGAAUGAUACAGCACUCUACAAGAAGCAAUGAAGUCUGUAAAAUUAAAUAAUGAAAAAAAUCCAAAAAUUGUGAAUUAUAAUGAUGAAAAUGGUAAUAUUAAUGAUGACUAUAAUGAUGGUAAUAAUGAUAAAGAUGAUAACAAUAAUGAUAAUAAUGAUAAUAACAAUAAUAAUAUUACAAUGAUAAUAAUAACAGGGGAAAACAAGACAGUGGCAUGAACAUGAUUAUAUCUUGCAAAAAGAGGUAGAGAGUAAUGGAGAGUUGUAUUUUGAUUGGUGUGGGAAAUGCACUGUGGUGUUUCGUGUAUUUGCCCAAAUAAAUAUAUAUAUAUAUAAAAAAAAACCUAAUCCUACCUUAACCUUUACCCUAACUUUAACCCUCACCCUAACUUUAACCCUGAUGCUAACUUUAACCCUAACCCUAAUCCUACCUUAACCUUAACCCUAACUUUAACCCUAACCUUAACUUUAACCUUAACCCUAACCCUAACCUUAACCCUAACCCUAACCCUAACCCUAACCCUAACCCUAACCCUAACCCUAACCCUAACCCUAACCAUUAAUUCAUUCUUCAAAAUGUGUUGUUGGCCAUAGCAAUAUGAUGAUGGUGAUGCUAAUAAUAAUAAAUUCAUGAAGUAUCCCAGGAAUAGAUGAAAGUUAGGCUGUCAACCUUAUACCCAAGAAUAUUUUAGUCUGGGGUACUUUGGCCAGCUCCGGUGGUUGAAGUUGUUCAAUGGUUCUUUCCAGACGCAAGGAACAGAUGGACUCCUCUAGUAUCUUUUAACCAGGGUGUGACAGGGGGCAUGCUGGGAUAUGCACCCUUCCGGGUGGUCCAAUUGGAAUUUGUUUUGCUUUGUGUUCAGGUGUUUUGCCCUUCUCGGCGACCAACAUGAACCGGAAAAGGAAUGCAGCACCUCCCUGGACCUGAUUGGUCCAAACAUUUUCACUCCCUGUGAAAAACUGAUUUUGGUACAUUCCCCAGGUUUGCUUUUUCUUAAUAUGUUUUGCACUUCCCGGUCCCCGUAACUUGCGCUGUCCAGUGAUCUUUUUGAAAUUGAAACUGAAGUUGUGAUCAGUGCUCUUUGUGCCAUUCUUAGAUCAUUUUGAUAGACAGGCAGUCAGGCUCUGCCGGAAGGCGUAACGCUUUUGACUAACAAUCAGACAAAAUGUUCUCUAGCUGUACAGUGCUGUAAAUACAUUUGAAUGGUGUGCUCUACAUAUAUUUUUGUCUGGCAGAGGCUGAUAGCAAAAAAAGUCAUUUGACUCUGAAUUUUGAAGCUUUUUUUUUUUGGCGCUGCUGUUUAAAACUUUGAUUGAAAACAUCUCCGGGAGAGGAGCUCAAUAUUGUGGGAAAGCAUUUAUCCGCUCCAUAUAAUCACACACACCUUCAACCCCUAAUCAUAGCAGAAUGGCCUUUACCUCUGCUCCCUGCGGAGCCUCGCCGUGGGUGGAGAAACCUCCGCAGCAGACAUUAGGUUCCGUUGACUCUCAGCACUGUGACCUAAAAGUUUAUCAUCAACCCGGUUGACUUGGUCACAACGACCAAACACCAAACUCAGAUUGACUUCAAAUUCGUCUGACUCACUCUGUUAGGGAUCAGAUUUUUUCCCCCGAGACAAUCCAUUCACUUGUUAGUCACUUCCCUUCCUGGAGGACUCCUCUCAGAUCUAAUGCAUAUGUAAGGGGUUAUUUACCCCCAUGAAAAAACAACCCUUGCAUCUUACCAACAGUGGAGUACAUCCUCAUGUCCUUCUCUUCAUUCUGAGCACUGCCAUUGUUAUUUCAAAGUAUCCCAUUCUAACCUCACCUACCUAUGGUCAGAGGUGGCUCCUCCAAGAGCGUCGGAGAACUCAACCAUCAUUAGCCCGACUUAAAGGGAAAGGGCCCUUUUUUGCAUGGUGUGCUAGUGGUUAGCAUGUCAGGAUCCGGAAGAUCUGGGUUUGAAUCUUUUUGUGGAGUUUGUAUAUUUGGGUUUUCUCCAGGUACUCCUCCCCCAUUCCAAAAACAUGCAUGUUAGGUUAAUUGGCGACUCCAAAUUGCCCAUAGAUAUGAAUAUGUGAGUCUAUAUGCGACGGGCUGGCGACCGGUCCAAGGUGUACUUGCCCAGACUCAGCUGGGAUAGGCUCCAGCAUCGCCCAUCAUUCACAAUCCUUAGGUGAGACAUGAACACAAGUCUUUCCCCUUUUUCUGUGCAUUCUAAAGAUAUUACAACAGCUAAAACCUGGCAGGUAAGUCAUGCAUUAUUGGGGCACAAAUACAAUUUUCAAAUACCAGCAAAACUGGCUAUCACGGGCCGUUACCAAUUGACUCAAGUUUUGACAAUGACAACAAUCAGUGUCGCUAUCACAAUUGGCCAGGAUCCCAAUUUAGAGGCGAGUUAAUCCAUGUAACAUGAUUUUAUCAACAAAAGGUAAUACAAAAUUCAAAUACACAAAAAGGCAAAGUACAAGAAUACACUGGAACUAAACCAUCAAAAAAUAUGAAAUAACAAAAGGUGGAAGGAUCAAGAUACAGGCGAGGAGCAGGGAACAAUCUGGCAAGAAACACACCAAAGCAGCACAGCAUAAGAAGUCCAGGUGACUUGAAUGCAGGUGUGUACAGGUAGCUCCUCCCAGUGUAGUAGUACAGUGUAGUACAACAGCCAGCAGACAGGGGGCAGCAAAGCAUGAAAGUUGCUGUAGCUCGGUUAAUAUGCAGGCCGCAUUUUGGAAAUGGAAGCUGUUGGUGCUUUUUGGAGUUUUUUCAGAAGGCUUUUUAGGCAGAAUAGGCGCGUCCCAUUACCUGCAUUCUUAGCGGCCUCUUUUUAGAUCUUUGUUGAGGAAAACGUGUGUUCAUGUCUUGCAUAAGGAUUGUGGAUGAUGUGCAAAAUUCCCCCAAAAGUGCACAUUUCCUUUUUGAAUACAAGCGACGUGCGCUCGAUACAUCAGUGAGCAUCUCUGUCCUUUGGUGUCCAAAAUAAAAUGUAGGGAUUUGUUUUCCCUUAAUGGAGAUUUUCCGAGUUAAUCUGAAGGAUAUGCCUGAAGGACACUUUAUAUUAGUCAGUAAUUGGAUGCUAAUAACGACUACAUUAGCCUGUCUUGCAACACGGUAUAGCGGCAGGCGGCAUCUUUGAUUCAAACAUUGAUUUGAUUAGACUUGUAGAUACCUUUCACCUCUGCAGCAAAUUUCCAUGGUGAGAUUGUGUCUCUGAGUAAGGGCGAAAGAUCCCCGAAUAGACGCAUCCUAAUUAGGGUGAGUAAUGAGUCCUGAGCUGUGGUGUGUGCGUGUAUGUGUGUGUGUUUGUGUGAGAGAGAGAGAAGCACAUCCCCAGGACAAAGCACCCACCAAAUAAUGCACAUCCACCCGCAGCGCCACAAUCAGUUAAAAGGAUCAGCACUUACCUCAUCAUGCUGCCAUUGAAAACUGCAUUUAGAGUAAUUGAACUGAAAACAUAUGGAAAUGACUGGACAUGGCCAUGAUUAAAUAAUGUGGGCGAUUAUGCCCGCCUUGAGGGGGGGAGAAAGCACAUUUUCAAAGCCAUUUAGCAACUGAAACAAAAUUUAAACAACAGCCACGAUGCACUGUGAUUAAACCCCCCCGCCGGCACCCCCAUAAGCAGCGGGUCCGAUCACUGACCUGGAAUUAACGACAAACGGAAAGAUAGUAAGGAGUGAUAAAGCCAACGCCACAUCGCCUCAGUCCCAACUUUUAUCUGUUGAAGUGUCUUGAUGCAUUUGUGAGACUUGGAGCUGCUUUGCGCCGAUACGGUAUGACUGACACGCACGCAGGCACGGCAUCUCCUUGGUGCUGGGAUGUCAAGGCGUAACUCACCACCAAAAAACCGGCCUGUUUGUUUGUUUUGCUUUUUUUUAAACUGAAGCCAAUAGUGAGCCACAACUGGAACAAAAAAACCUCACUGACGCGGAGCGAUGCCUCUCAGACAGAAAGAGGUCGCCCCUGAUCGAAGGAUAGGACGUCACGAAGCACCCACAUGCACUCGGAAGCGUGUUGAAUAAUGUUUAAUUUGUGCUUUGCAUUGAUUUGCUGUUGAAUUCACCGGAGUAUUUUUUGCCUCUCUGUAGUCCUGUAUUGUAAAGUGAUCAUUUCUGUGGACAGAUGGACAAAUUACUGUGCUGAAAUAGGCAAGGUUUUUUUUUUUCGUUUUGUAUCGGUCAAAGAAUCUUAGCCAAGCGGUUGUGUUAAUAGAAAUAGAAAAAGACAAAAAAAUCUGUCGGUGGUGUUGGUGUACAUAGAUCUCCACAACCCUUUGUCUGCUGUCAAAGCAGGCUGGGAUUUUUAGCAUGAAUUCCAAAGAUAAUUGGUAGAAACUGUUUUACUGUUUCUUUCACCUUCUGAAAUGUCAGUGCUGGUUUUCAUAUUCCAAAAGGCCCUCCUCGUGAACUGAAAUUAACUGCACAUAUAUUUUCAUCUUUUUCACACUCCAUGGAGAACAAAGACAAUUGCCUUGAGACGACGUCUUUGCAAGAGAGAAUCUAGUUGUUAUCCUAAUUGUUGGUAUAUUUAUAUAGGAUACAGAUGCUUGUGAUGCCAUGUUUUUGUACAGUUUUAUGUACAUACAAGUGACGCUUUCUAAAAGUUCUGAGAAAAGCCGAUGGCAUAUAAAAAUUGUAACACGUUUUCUUGAGCUGUGCACAUCUUUGCCUUGGUUGGAUUGACCUUUGCUGAGUCGGUGUGAAUGUGGCCGUUCUAUGCCUGCACUGUAGUCAUUCACUGGCUCCCACCCGCUGAGGACUUAUGUUUAUCGUGAACAGUGGUUUGUCUUAUCUUACCAGUUUGUUAAACUCCUGUGUUCUUACUUUGUUCUGUUUCCGCAUGUUGACAACUUCUCUUGUAAUACUGUCCUCAUGAACUUUGUAAUAAAAGUACUUCAGGGAAAAAACAAUGACUGAUGUCCUUUGUGGUUUGUCUGAGACUGGACAAGAGGAGCGCAACUUCUGAGGUUGGGGGGAUCCAUUCCCCAUUUGUUUGCCGUUCAAUUCAUCAUUUUUUUUAUGCAUUGUGCUUAUUUUCCCAACAAUUCCAACUGAAUUCUUGUGAGAACCGCAACCUCACAGACAGAAUCUUGUUCCUCAUACCUUUGUCAACGAGUCCCUUUAUACCAGGGUCUGAAGUAGGUCAGUCCCAGGACCUGUGUUUAGAAUUUAAGGAACUCCUCAUCCUGUACUCGGCAUAAUUAGCUCUCUCUUGGAGACCAGAGAGAGAAAGAAAAGCUCAUGAGUGGUGUCCAAACUUUUUCUCCCGAGGGGGGUUUACUGACCAAUCAAAGAGUGAUAGUUUCAACACUGAGCUGUGUUGUGAUGUUCAUUUUCCAUGCCUGGUUUCCGAUAUAUGAUGUAGUCCAUCAGAGUCUUUUCAGUGUUUAGUGGCAAUGUUUGCUUUGCUUUGCCAAGAGUUGAACAGUGAAGGACACCUGACACUUCCAGCCAUGUAAUCGACCGGCAGGAUCGGCCAUAUGAUUAGAGAUCUCUGCAGAGCUGUCUCUAAUCAAUCCAUAAAGCCAACUAUGGCUAUGUCCAUCUUUGCAUAUUGUCCUCACUUGCCAUUUAGCACUACAAGGCCUAGAUA